AUGGCCCAAUUCCACUCUACCAACACAUCGCUCGCUGGGCGAGCCAUCCUAUACAAGGCCUGCAUGGUCUUGUUCAUUGUUUUCAACGUGAACUGUGCUGUGGCCAACAGUCUGGGAUCGCUCGUUGUGUAUCGCCUGCUCGCCGGCAUUAUAGGUUCCUGUCCUGCCACGCUCGGUGCCGGCUCUAUCGCCGACAUAAUCCCGGUCGAGAACCGAGCUGGUGCCAUGGCAGCCUACGUGAUUAGGGUCCUGGGCCCUUCAAUUGACCAAUUCGGGGACCGGAGACCCGUCAAGCCGGGUCAUCUUGUCUUGCUUCUCAGCAUUGUAGUCAGCACGACAGGAGUAUGGACUUGGCAUGAUGACGUGGAGGGUCUAUUAUUAAGCCGCGAACUGGGUCUGCAUCGCAUCGAUCAUGAAUCAAACGCAGCCAUCCCAAACACCAUCCAAGCCGAGAUCGGCCGUCGGGUAUGGUGGUAUCUGGUCACUACUCACUGGGUGUUGGCCGCAAGAUAUAGCGGCCCGGGUGAAGAUGGAGCUGCCCAUCUCAGUCGACCGAGAUGUCAUACUUCCUGGAUGAUCCACGAUAUCUCUUCUUUCUUCCACAUUGACCAGUACGAAGGCUAUCCUGACUCCACUUCAAGUGGCAUUUUCAUCCAUGCCUACCUACUCAAUUCGGUCCUCCACACCCAGCGCUGCAAGCUGCAUCUCAGGUGUCUCACAUCCGGCCCCAAUAACAACCCGACCUACGCUUUCUCGCGAGAGAAGUGUCUUACGUCCGCGCGCCAAGUCAUCCACAGAGGCACAGCUCGAGCGCUCCCAGCAUCCCUUUGCGUUCAUACAACUGCCCUUAUCAGCGAUGCUGUACGGGUCUUCCUGGCUAGCAUUGUGUUGCUGAUGGAUGCCUACAUCAAUGAAGCAGGCUCGAUGCAGGACGAGAUCCGUCGCGGCGAUGUGGCUGAAGGCUUGCGCAUCAUUGAGGGCGCAAGGAGCCACUCGUGGGCAGCAGCGAACCUCCACGAGUCACUCUCGCAGGCUUUGGCUAAGUAUCGUGCGCAACUACCACAGCAUCAGCAGCAACAAUACAUACAAGAGGCACCAAUGCCGCUUCCAAUGAGUGAUGUGUCUAGUGCUCCUUCUGCACCAGUAAUAAAUACCACAACAACGCAAAUGGCCCAUCGGUCCGACCAGCCAGCAGUGAUGUCGACUCUGAGAGGAAUGGACAGUGGGGGCACAUUGGGUCCCAUGCCAGAUCAAAUGCCUGUGGCCGUCAGUCAGCCCCUGCAGUACAACCAACUGGCCCAAAGUCCGGAGGAAUUGGCUUACACGUAUAAACUCCAGUGGGAUGAUUUGUUUUCUGGCAUUGAUUGGCUUCAUUUUUCUGAUUGUAUGUAA